CCCUUGCCCUCCAUCCCUGCUCCUGUAGCGGUCUCGGUCUCCCAGCAGAAGACGCAGCCAUGAAUCCGUUAUUCGGCCCCAACCUCUUCCUCCUACAACAGGAGCAGCAGGGGCUGGCCGGACCGCUAGGGGAACCCCUGGGAGGCGACCACUUGGCCGGGGGAGGGGACGUGUCCCCGGCGCCGCUCGCCCCGGCCGGCCCGGCUGCCUACUCGCCGCCCGGGCCGGGCCCGGCGCCCCCCGCCGCCAUGGCACUCCGCAACGACCUGGGCUCCAACAUCAACGUGCUCAAGACCCUGAACCUCCGGUUCCGCUGCUUUCUGGCCAAGGUGCACGAGCUGGAGCGCCGCAACCGGCUGCUGGAGAAGCAGCUGCAGCAGGCGCUGGAGGAGGGUAAGCAGGGCCGGCGGGGCCUGGCUCGCCGCGACCAGGCCGUGCAGACCGGCUUCGUCAGCCCCAUCCGGCCCCUGGGGCUGCCCCUCGGCGCCCGGCCGGCCGCCGUCUGCACCCAGUCGGCGCGGGUGCUGGGCUCGCCCGCGCGCUCGCCAGCCGGCCCCCUCGUGCCCUCCGCUGCCAGCCACUCGUCGCCCUCCACCUCCACCUCCACCUCCUACUCCUCGUCAGCCCGCUUCAUGCCCGGCACCAUCUGGUCCUUCUCUCACGCCCGCCGGCUCGGGCCGGGACUGGAGCCCACUCUGGUGCAAGGGCCUGGCCUGUCGUGGGUGCACCCCGACGGGGUGGGCGUCCAGAUCGACACCAUCACCCCCGAGAUCCGUGCGCUCUACAACGUCCUGGCUAAAGUGAAGCGCGAGCGGGACGAGUACAAGCGGAGGUGGGAAGAGGAGUACACUGUGCGGAUACAGCUGCAGGAGCGAGUGAACGAGCUGCAGGAGGAAGCCCAAGAGGCUGACGCCUGCCAGGAGGAGCUAGCGAUGAAGGUGGAGCAGUUGAAAGCGGAGCUAGUGGUCUUCAAGGGGCUCAUGAGCAAUAACCUGUCUGAGCUGGACACAAAGAUCCAGGAAAAGGCCAUGAAGGUAGAUAUGGACAUCUGUCGCCGCAUCGACAUCACCGCCAAACUAUGCGACGUGGCUCAGCAGCGCAACUGUGAGGACAUGAUCAAGAUGUUCCAGAAGAAGCUGUCUCUGCACUUGUCUCCCAUUAAGGUCCCAUCCAUGGGGGGGCGGAAGCGGGAGCGCAAGGCUGCCAUCGAGGAGGACACCUCCCUGUCGGAGAGUGACGGGCCCCGCCAGCCCGAUGGGGAUGAGGAGGAGAGCACAGCCCUCAGCAUCAACGAGGAGAUGCAGCGCAUGCUCAACCAGCUGAGGGAGUAUGAUUUUGAGGACGACUGUGACAGCCUGACUUGGGAGGAGACUGAGGAGACCCUGCUGCUUUGGGAGGAUUUCUCAGGCUAUGCCAUGGCAGCCGCAGAGGCGCAGGGAGAGCAGCAGGAAGACAGUUUGGAGAAGGUGAUCAAAGAUACCGAGUCCCUGUUCAAAACCCGGGAAAAAGAAUAUCAGGAAACCAUUGACCAAAUAGAGCUGGAGCUGGCCACGGCCAAGAAUGACAUGAACCGGCACUUGCACGAGUACAUGGAGAUGUGCAGCAUGAAGCGGGGCUUGGACGUGCAGAUGGAGACCUGCCGUCGGCUAAUCACCCAGUCUGGAGACCGAAAGUCUCCUGCUUUCACUGCGGUCCCGCUUAGCGACCCGCCGCCGCCGCCGCCAAGCGAGACUGAGGACUCCGAUCGCGAUGUCUCAUCUGAUAGCUCCAUGAGAUAGGGACCUACCUCCAGCCUGGUGGCCUGGGGCCCCACCCUGCCGGGAACUCACAGAGGCAGAGGGGUGGGGGGUUCACAGAAGGGGAACGCCAUCCGUCCCGCUGCACCAAGCCUCGCCCCUGGGGACUGGGGCGCUCCUCCCUCGGGCUUCCUGCCUUAGUCCUUGGCCUUCAGGGUUCUGAGGUGUCUGGAGCGAGGCUCAGCCUGCCCUUCCCAGGUGACUCCCACCACAGGUGGGGCUCUCCUGCCUUCACGCGUGGGCGCCUGCUACUUCUCAUCUUUAAAAUGCUGCCAGAGCGAUCGUGGCCCCUUACUUUCUCCAUUGAGUAAGGAAUGUGAUUGUCAGAUCUUCCUUCCAUCUCUUGAGGCCUCGAGCCAGCUUACUGUCUUUGAUUCUGUACUGGUGCUAACUGGCCCAGGCACUGGUAUGAAGUGGAUUAGGCUGGUCCUUCCAGGGCUUGUGCAACACACAUGCAGUGGGAGAGGGCUUCCCUCCAAGGUGCAGGUGGCGGGAGGAGGGACCGGGCAGGGCGCUCUGUCCCCCCUUGCGUUGUCAUCCACCCGUGGAUGGCAGUGAUGGGGCUGUGACCCGUCCUUUAUGGAAGUGCCAUGCAUUGAAGGGGCCUCCGGUCUAGGCGGCUUCUGGAUCCGACUGGGUGCAGUACCGUGGAGGGAGAUGGAAGUUUCCCAAUGCUGAGUGGCAGAGAAAAAGGUGAAGCUACUUGUAUGUGUGUGUGCAUGUGGUGUGUGUGUGUGUGUGUGUGUGUGUGUACAUGUGUGCUCAGGGUCUCGGUUUCUUCAAGUAUCAGCUGAAGAUGUGCCUCCUCUGUGCCUGUCAUACACUGAGAGCAGCAGGCUGAGAUGUCCUGGACUUGGAAAAGCUUGGGAGAAACUGGGGAGCUGUGAAUACGGACACGUCAGCAUAACUGCCUGAGGGAAGCUGUGCUGAGCGGACAUUUGAAUGGAGUCUUUAAUAAUAAUGAAACUGGCGAGUAUUUAUUGAA